AUGACACCUCAGAUACCGCUACUUCUUAUCCUCACGUCCCUGGUUUUGUUCAUCUCGCCUGCUUCGGCCGAGCAGCGCCUACUAUCGACCUCGCUUAAUACCUGUCAACAAGAAUCGGGAUUCAAGGCCUCACUAUUUAAUGUUGUCUAUACACCUGCCAAUAACACUGCUAGCAUUCAAAUGGUUGCUACGUCCUCCGUUCAAGGCAAGGUGAUAUUUGACGUGGCGAUUUCCGCCUAUGGCUACGAAUUUAUCAGGCGGACUCUCAACCCUUGCGACAUGAACCUCCCUGGCCUCUGCCCUAUGGCCCCUGGCAAGAUACCAUUUGGUUUCAACUUGCCUGUUGCCGAAGAUGCCGCCAAAAAUAUCCCCGGUAUUGCCUACAAUAUUCCCGAUCUCGAUGCGAAUGUCAAGGUCCUUAUCAACCUGACUUCUAUCAGAGAGAGUGUCGCCUGCGUGGAGGCACACAUCUCGAAUGGAAAGACUGUCAACCUCCUCGGACUUAGGUGGGCUACAGCCGUCGUUGCAGGCUUAACUAUCCUGUCCUCUGCGGUCAUCUACAUGUACGGCGUGGGACAUCCAAAUACAGCCGCCCAUAUUGCUGCAAACUCGCUAGCACUUUUCGGCUACUUCCAGGCUCAGGCUAUCAUAGGGUUCUCUAGCGUUCCAAUUCCACCUAUAGUCGAGGCGUGGACUAUGAAUUUCCAGUGGUCAAUGGGCAUCAUCCGCGUUGGCUUCAUGCAGGAUAUUUUCACAUGGUAUCAACGCGCGACGGGCGGCAUGCCGGCAAGGCUCUUUGAUUCCAUUACGACAGUCUCCGUCCAGGUCGCCAAGCGCUCACUGCAAAAAUCGUCACUCGUGGCGUGUGGCUUUUAG